AUGGUGAAGGAUCAAGACUUCUGGUACGAAGACGGUAAUCUAGUGCUUGCGGCGGGAAAUCGUCUCUUCCGUCUCUACAGAGGCCUCCUGGCAUCUCGCUCUCCCGUAUUUCAUGCGAUGGUGUGUUCAUCGAGCCCUAAAGAUGAGGAGUCAUUUGAUGGUUGCCCUGUGGUCCAUCUCUCGGACACAUCCUACGAGAUACAACAUUUCUUGCGUGCAUUGAUACCUCUGCCCUCGAUCAUCCCUACCGCCGCCAUUUUCGCAAUCGCGCGCCUCGCACACAAGUAUCAGGCAGACAAGUUACAGUGCCGGGCGCUUUCAUGCAUCCAGGAGUACUACACAACACGCUUCGACGCAUGGGAGAGCAAAGGACUCCAGGGCAAUGUACCAUUCGAAAAGUCCUCCGUUCCAGUUUACGGGAUCGGUGCCGUAAACGUGGCGCGCCUGACGGACACCCCCUCCAUUCGACCCUUGGCGUUCUACGACUGCUGCCGGCUUGGCGGGAAAGUGCUCGAGGGGGUGGAGACACGGAGGCGGCUCGGUGGAGCGCUUGGACGAUGA